AUGAUUCCACAAUCUCCUUUUGGUAACCAGGUACAAAAAUCAACUGCUAAUGAUUUUGAUAAUAUCCAGCCCAAUAAUCUCUGUGAUAAUUUCGAAACAACACCGUUUUUUUCAAAUAUAUUUGUUAACCUAUAUGACAACGUAACACCAGAAAUUAAAAAUUCCGAAAAUAAUAUCGUCUCGAAUAAACGCAGCCUUUUAUUAAAUUGCCCUUUAGAAAAGGUAGGUAAAGUUUAUUCUGACGGAAAUUUUAACCUAUUUUCCUCAUAUGCAAAAUGCAAAACUGAGAAUUGUCCUCAUCAAAUUUGUAAUGAACAAAAGAUUCAAUUGGCCCCUUUAUUGCCUAUAGAUCUUUCUUCCCCUUCAAACAUAAGUUUUCGUCAUAACUCUUCUACAACAAGUUUACUAUCCGAUGAAGCCCUUUACUUAAAUUCACUACAUAACAAGAUUGGGAAAACCUCCCGAGAUUCUUCCCAUUCUAACAUCAAUGCAAAAAAUAUUCAAGAUUAUUUACUAAAUUGCAAAACUAUAUCUUUAAAGAACAAUACAACUAAUUCACCAUCAACGUUAGUUUCCUCAUUAUCCAGAAGUUCUUCCCAAUGUUCUCCCUCAUUAUCAAUAGCUGAACCGAAAUACCCACUUAAUCAAAGUUGUGAAAAUUAUAAUGACGCUAAAUUGGCUAUAAAUAGUACAAUUCCUUCCACGAAUAAUAAAGACAGUAGUCCUAAAGCAACUUCACCUAAGGGUGGUACCCAUUGUUGCAAAAUCUGCGGGAAGAAUUUCCAACGUCCUUCUACAUUAGACACCCACAUGAACAUACAUUCAGGUGAGAAACCUUACGUAUGUCCGUUCUUAGAAUGUGAGAAAUUAUUCAAUGCAAGGUCCAACAUGCUAAGACAUUUAAAAAUGCAUUUUAAGUUCGGGAAAGGUAAGUAUUUGCUACCGAGCGGUGAGGUUUCAUCAAAGAAACCAACUGCUAAACAAUUAGUUUGUUUUACUAACCUCAAAGGUGAUAAAAUCUCACAGCAUGGUUGCAUUUUCUCAAUUAAAAAUAUGAUGCAUACCCAUUCUCACACCAAUUCAACUAAUGCUGAAAAAUAA